CUCAUCGCAGUAGUUACAAUCGUUAUUCCCACGAUGGCGGAUGCAUCGCGCUUUCUCGCCUGGUUCUGCUGCCUCCACUGGCUGGUUCUCCUCCUCGGCGUCCAGGGAUACGAGGUGACAAAGGCCAAGAUCGAGGUUUUCUACCCCAAGGGAUUCGAGGUCUCCAUUCCCGACGAGGAGGGCAUCAGUUUGUUUGCCUUCCAUGGCAAGCUGAACGAGGAAAUGGAGGGUCUGGAGGCGGGCACAUGGGCUCGGGACAUCGUGAAGGCGAAGAACGGCCGCUGGACCUUCAGGGAUCGGACGACGGCUCUGAAACCAGGCGACACCCUGUACUACUGGACGUACGUUAUCUACAAUGGACUGGGUUAUCGCGAAGACGACGGGUCGUUUGUGGUCAAUGGCUACAGUGGUAAUAACACCUCGGCGACCACUCCACGUCCACCGGUGGCCCCCGCUUCCACCACGCCCUGGAGUCCACCUGCAGAUCCGGAUAUCGAUAUUAGAGUGGGCUGCACUACGCCCAAAACGGAGGUCAAUGGAGCACCUACUCGCUGUGCCGGGCAGUUGGUAUUCGUGGAUGAGUUCAACGCCGCCAAACUGGAUCCGAAUAAAUGGAAAGCGGAGCGCAGGUUUUCCGGAGAACCCGACUAUGAGUUCAAUGUCUAUGUGGACGAUGCCCCGGACACCUUGUGCUUGACCAAUGGACAUGUGGCGCUCGCCACGAAUACGAUGAAGAAGCACUUCCACAAGGGAUCGGAUGCCAGUUUGGAUUUGGGUGCCUCGUGCACUGGAGUGGCGAAUACCCAUGAUUGUGUGCGGAAUGGAAGGACCAUGAAUGAUGGCCUCCCCCCGAUGGUCACCGCCCAGUUUUCCUCCAAGGAUUUCUUCUCCUUCAAGUACGGCCGCGUGGAGGUGCGUGCCAAGAUGCCGAGGGCAAAGUGGGUGACCCCACAGAUCUGGCUGCAGCCCAAGCAUAGGGUCUACGGAUCGGAUGACUACCGGUCGGGUCAACUGAGGAUCGCCUACACCCGUCCGAAUGGCGGUAAUCUGGAUCUUUAUGGUGCCGCCGUGCUCUUCGCCGAUGAGCCACUGCGUUCGGUGAAGAAUUGCCUUAAGCCGGGAACUGGAGACAAUUCCGAGGACUGGAGCGAUAGCUUCCACAACUACACACUCGAAUGGACACCGAGGGAACUUCGCUGGCUGGUGGACGGCAAGGAGUGGUGCGUCCAGGGAAGCGACAAGGGAGCUUUCAGUGAGACAACGGCCGCGGGAAAGCGAUUGCCACAGGCCCAGAAACUGGAGGAGGGCUCCGGGCUGGCACCCUUCGAUCAGGAGUUCUACCUGACCUUCGGUCUCGGCGUGGGCGGUUUCAACGAGUACCAGCACGUGGUGAAGCCCUGGAACGAGAGGGCUCCGCAGGCGCAGAAGGCCUUUUGGAAGGAAGUCAAGAAGAACAGGGACCACUGGCUGGACGAGGGGCACAUGAAGAUCGACUACGUCAAGGUGUACUCAUUGUAAUCCCUGUAAUUGAACAAGGAUUUUACAAAUUCACAAAUCAAAUUUAAUAAAAAAUAAUUCUAAAUUUUAACAAAA